UGCCCAACGACCUUUGUCUCUUUCACAAGCACACAAUCCCUUUAAAGCCACUCUCUGCUCUGCAUGCACAACUUCACCAACACACUCCAUACAUACGCACAUGCGUCUUUCUGUUUCUGCGAUACGGAUAGAGAGAGAGAUGGGAAACGGGGGAGAGGCUUUGGUGGCAUGCAGUGAUAGGAGUAUGGGGACAGGGAUAGCAAUAUGGGAUAUACGAACUGGAGAUCCUCUCUUGCACAUUCCGACUUGUGCUUCCCCACCUCAUGGGUUAUUGUGCUUGGGAAACCAGUUUCUUGUAGCUUCUCAGGUUAACAAGCAUGGAUCUGUUGGUGGUGGGGCUAUAUUCACCUGGCCCUUGAAAAAGUCACAAUCACCACUUCGGAGCUACCCUAUUGAAGCCAUUGGGCCGAUUUCUUGCACCAUGGAUGGAGUGUAUCUUGCGGGCGGUGCUCCUUCGGGAAAUGUUUAUAUUUGGGAGGUUGCUAAUGGAAGACUGCUCAAAACAUGGCGCGCACAUCAUAAGUCUUUGAAGUGCAUGGCAUUUUCCAAUGAUGACUCUGUUCUUAUUUCAGGUUCAGAUGAUGGUAUGAUCUGCGUGUGGUCUAUGGUUAGUUUGCUGGAUAUGGAGAAUUUGGAAAGCUCACCUUCGUUGUUACACUACUCAUCCGAGCAUAGGUCCUCCAUAAGUGGUCUGUUAACAACAUCCAGCGCAAACUCAACUUUUAUAUCAAGCUCUCUGGACGGUACCUGCAAGGCUUGGGACCUGGUUUCAGGUAGGCUUAUACAAACUCAAGAACAUCCACUGGGGAUAACUGCGAUCGUCCUUCAUCCAGCAGAGCGAUUUCUGCUUGGUGGAAGUAUAGAUGGAAGAAUAUUUGUUAGUGUGCUUAACAUUGGACUAGUGGAUGAUCCUUUUGUUGUUGCAGAAGAUCAACUGUUCGUGCUAGAAGGACACAAAGGAUCGAUAACGGCAUUGGCCUUCAGUACAUUAGGUCUUAUAUCAGCAUCUGAGGAUGGUACUGUCCGCCUCUGGGAUGCUAUUAGUUGGGUGACUAUACGAAGAUUUAACUACCAAAAAGGGGCAGUAACUAAUCUUGCAUUGAUUCCGCAUUCUUCACUGCUUACUUCAUCAAACCAUCAAAGAGUUCCCUAUCAGAUCCGUCUUUCUUUGCUGGAAAAGUGUCCUCAGCCAGAAGCGAACUCAUCCAAGGGAACAGUCGCUCUCCUUCACUCGUGUUCUUCCCUGAAGGACCAUCAAACCUCUUUGGAUUUCAGAACCAAUUCAUUGAACCACCAAAUAUUUGAGAUGGAGGAAGCACAUACACCUGCAGCCCUGCAGAUGAAGUUAGAAACAAGCAUAGACAACCGGAUGUGGGCUACAAGAAUGACAAAACAUGUCAUGGAAAUAAACAAGCAUUUACAGUCUCGGCUGCUAGAUUUGAUGCAGAACCGAUUGUUAUGGAGUGCUGAAGAUGAUUCACCCACUGCAAGAAAGAGUAAGAAGCUUAAAAUUGGAAGUCCAUCACUCGAGGGAGAAAAGCUAUAGCAAUCCUCCAAUUAGUUCCAUGAUUUUUAUGCAGCUAAAGAUAGAGCUAUUUAAAAGAAUUAAUUUCACCAUUUGUCUUUCAAAAUUCCUAUAUAAAUAUAAAACAUUUUCUAAA